CAACGGCAGCAGCAGCAGCAGGAAAGGCUUCCCCAGUCCCAGUCGUCGCAGCACUCGCGAUUUCCCGUGUCCACCUCCUGCCCAGCUGCCUACUACUCCCCUUCCCUCCCGCUACGCCCACGCGCCCACCUACCCAAAACAACCGCGCGGCCCUCGUCUCCCUCGGUGCCACCUCUUCGGAGUCCGGACAUCGAUCGGCAGCUACAGGCUCCCACCUCCAGCACGGCGGCGGCGAUGGCAAUGGACGCGGCUGUGGCCGAGAAGAGCGGCGGCGGCAACGGAGCGGCCGCGGCCGCGGCCGCGGCCGCGCAGGCGGGGAACGGCGGCGAGAGGCGGUCGCGGUUCCAGCGAAUCUGCGUGUACUGCGGCAGCGCCAAGGGCCGGAAGCCCAGCUACCAGGACGCCGCCGUCGAGCUCGGCAAGGAGCUGGUGGAGAGGGGCAUAGACCUGGUCUACGGGGGAGGAUCCAUUGGCCUCAUGGGGCUGGUCUCUCAUGCAGUUCAUGAUGGAGGCCGCCAUGUGAUUGGGGUCAUCCCAAGAUCCUUGAUGCCCAGAGAGGUUACUGGCGAACCUGUUGGGGAAGUAAGGGCAGUCUCCGGCAUGCACGAGAGGAAAGCUGAGAUGGCUCGAUUUGCUGAUGCUUUCAUAGCAUUACCUGGCGGCUACGGGACGCUGGAGGAGUUGCUUGAGGUCAUCACCUGGGCACAACUAGGAAUCCAUAAGAAGCCGGUCGGACUUCUGAACGUGGACGGGUUCUACGACCCGCUGCUAUCCUUCAUCGACAUGGCCGUGAACGAAGGGUUCAUAAAGGAGGACGCCCGGCGCAUCAUCAUCUCGGCUCCUACGGCGAAGGAGCUUGUUCUCAAGCUUGAGGUGAAAUUCCAAUUCCGAUCCAUUGCUCGCGAAGCAGCGGAUGCCAUUUUUGACCGGCUGCUUCUCACACCUUCCCGCACGUGUGAUUCGCAGGAGUAUGUUCCCGAGUACGAGGUCGGUUUGGUGUGGGAGGAUCAGAUGCCGCCGGCGGCGGCGGCGGCGCACGGCUUCGUCCCGGAGCUGGAGCCCGGGAUCGCCUCCUCCUGAUCCGGACGCCGGCUCGCCCACACCUAACCAGAUUCUGACCGACAGCCGGCCCCCCAAGCAAGUAGUAGCAUCAUCUCUAACAAAGCAAGAACGCGACGUUCUAGCUCUAGCUCCCUCUCUCGCCGCCUGUCAAUUGCUCUCUUUUGGGACGGACAGCGGCGUUAAUCCUUAGCAUCUUUAGUAGCUGCAGUGCAGUGCCUGCUCUAGUCCUCUCCCUGUCAUGGUCAUGGCUGUGGCUCCCCUUUUGCUCCUAGAAGUAGGAAGGCACGCGUGUAAAUUCCUCCCGGUAUGUGGCGAUCCCGAUUGCUCGCACGUGUGGCGGACGGACGGACGGAUGGAAACAUGGAUCAAUGGAUGAUGUAUUUUGUCCGGAACUCGUGCAGAUGAUGAUUCGUUCGUGCUCA